CUCGACGCCCUCUUCAAGCACGCGCGUCGCCACGGGCUGAUGGUCGACCUGCACAUCGACGAGACUAACGACCCCGCCUGCUGCUGCCUGCUCGCGCUCGUCGGCGCGCUCGGUCGUGCGCGCGCGGAGGGGUACGUGGAGGCCGUCGUCCUUGGCCACUGCACCUCGCUUGCGCUGCAGGGCGAGGGCAACCGCGCGCGAGUGAUCGAGGGCUUGGCAAGGCUCGGCCCGGUGACGGUGGUCUGUAAUCCAAGCACCAAUCUCGGGCUGCAGGACCGGCGCGGCUCGGCAGCCCCGCACUGCAUCCCCAUCGACGCGGACGCGCCCCGCACGCCACUCUGGCGCGGGCUCACCCUCGUGCAGGAGCUGGCGGCGGCGGGCGUGGCGGUCGGGUCCGCUUCGGACAAUGUGCGCGACUGGUGGCACCCGUACGGCGACUACGACGGGCUCCAAAACUACAAGAACGCCGUCACGCUCGGCCACCUCGACACGGCGCCAAACGAGGGCGCGUGGGCGGCGCUGGUGAGCGACGCUGCCGCCGAGGCGAUGGGCCUCGGCGGCGGCUCCUCCUUCACCCCCGGCGCCGCCGCCGACCUCAUACUCUUCCCCGAAACGCGGCGGGUGAGCGAGCUCUUCGCGCGGCCGCAGUGCGACCGGAUCGUCUUGCGGGGUGGGCGCGUGCAGCGGUCGGCCCUGCCGAGCUACCGCGCCCUCGAUGACGUGGUAGGCUCCACCCUGUGA